CCUUUAGCAAUUGAACCUAAUGUGGGGAGCCUUUAGCCUAUUGAACCUAAUGUGGGGAGCCUUUAGCCAAUUGAACCUAGUGUGGGGAGCCUUUAGCCAACUGAACCUAGUGUGGGGAGCCUUUAGCCAACUGAACCUAGUGUGGGGAGCCUUUAGCCAAUUGAACCUAGUGUGGGGAGCCUUUAGCCAACUGAACCUAGUGUGGCGAGCCUUUAGCCAACUGAACCUAGUGUGGGGAGCCUUUAGCCAACUGAACUUAGUGUGGAGAGCCUUUAGCCAACUGAACCUAGUGUGGGGAGCCUUUAGCCAAUUGAACCUAGUGUGGGGAGCCUUUAGCCAACUGAACCUAGUGUGGCGAGCCUUUAGCCAACUGAACCUAGUGUGGGGAGCCUUUAGCCAACUGAACCUAGUGUGGAGAGCCUUUAGCCAAUUGAACCUAGUGUGGGGAGCCUUUAGCCAACUGAACCUAGUGUGGCGAGCCUUUAGCCAACUGAACCUAGUGUGGGGAGCCUUUAGCCAACUGAACCUAGUGUGGAGAGCCUUUAGCCAAUUGAACCUAGUGUGGGGAGCCUUUAGCCAACUGAACCUAGUGUGGGGAGCCUUUAGCCAAUUGAACCUAGUGUGGGGAGCCUUUAGCCAACUGAACCUAGUGUGGGGAGCCUUUAGCCAACUGAACCUAGUGUGGGGAGCCUUUAGCCAACUGAACCUAGUGUGGGGAGCCUUUAGCCAACUGAACCUAGUGUGGGGAGCCUUUAGCCAACUGAACCUAGUGUGGGGAGCCUUUAGCCAACUGAACCUAGUGUGGGGAGCCUUUAGCCAACUGAACCUAGUGUGGGGAGCCUUUAGCCAACUGAACCUAGUGUGGGGAGCCUUUAGCCAACUGAACCUAGUGUGGGGAGCCUGCACAUUUGGGUUGAUGUUUUAA